AUGUCCGCCAUCGAUAGCGAGGCUGUGUUCUUGUCAAAGUGCACUCAGCUGGGGCUGCCCGAGGAUGCUCGGGGAAAGCUCAAACGAAAGGGCUGGGCCACUUUCGGCACUUUUGCAUUCUGCGUGCCAGGGGAGCCCGGAAGGAUUCCCGAUGAUGUCUUCAAAACUUCCGUUGUGCAGCCAAUCCUCGGUGAUGGGGGUGAGGAGCAUCAGGCGAAACUUAGGCGGCUCCACUUUGAGGCAUAUGCUUUGACAGCGGCUGAGCUGAAGCGGACGGCCGAGUCCACGGAGUCUGAUCAACCGCGUAAGGUCCCGACGGCAGAGCUCGCUGCUCGUUAUGAUGUGUUGCAAACGCGCGUUAAGCCUCUCCGGCUUGUGGACCGCUUGGAGCCUUCGCAUGCGCUUGUGAACCUGUCAGCCCAAAUGCUUGAGGAUCAGCGGGUGCGCUACAUUGAGUGGUCGAAGUGUACCAGUCGUGCCCAGGAGAUAAAUCUUGUGAAGGAGGACGCUAGCUUGAAGCUGCUUCAGGGUGGCCGCUCAGGAUCCGUCAAGCUAGUGGAUCCCGGUGCAAAAAUCACUGCUGAUACUAAGUCUGACCUUGAGGUGAUGCAGGCCUUGCGUCGCAGAGGGGUGGCAUAUGAACUUGCUGCCAUCAUGUCGUUCGAGAGGCACGAGGAAUUGAUUGACCGACUGUUCAUGGAGUACCAACGUGAGCCCAUGGCUGGGUUUCACCCCGUCUCCUUCUCUCAACUUCAGGCUGCGGACAGGGAGGUGCAUGUUCGCAUGGGGGAGCUCACCCGAGCUGGACUUGUGCCAGGAGCGGAUGGCUCCUUGCCGCUUGACAUCCCAGUGUCUCGGGUGCUGGCGGGCUCCCACAUCCAGUGGAUGUUGAUGCCUCGACAAAAGGGGUCCGGUCCCUUGGGCAGUUCGGGCGCUGGUGAGGCUUAUGAGAAGCCAGACAAGCCACCGCGCAAGCCGCCCAAAAAGACGGAUCCGUCGAAGGCGACGGAUAAGGGUCAGGGCGCCGAUAAGAAUCAGAAGGCUGAUUCCGGUGCAUCGCCGAAUGCGGCUGAGCGACCUGGCAAGCCACGGAAGACUCGCUUCGUCAUGCCAAAGGCGCUCAUCGGCCACGUACACAAUGCAACACAUGUGCAUGACACGGCCACCAGCCAUUUUGGCAAUGAUCGUGAUACGAAUGCGGAAGUUUUUGCUGCUACCUUGAUCGGCAAAGUCGAUGCGGGGGGCAUUCGUCGUCUUUUGGAGCUGCUUCCCUCGGAGGCACCGUCCCGCGGUUCGCGUGAGGUGGGCCGUGGGUCCGAAUUUUCUUUCACCACAGGUGCUUACACCUAUGAUCAUGGCAAGCGGCACGGCCUUCGCCAACAUUGCCGCGACUUUCCGAUGUCCACUAAGGUUCUGAAUGAGUUUAUGCGUUCGUUGGCGCCGGGCGCCUGCUACACUACACUGGCCUUGUUUCGUGAUCUUGAGACCCGUGUCCACUCAGACCACGGAAAUGAUCCCAGCCUGAUGAAUACCAUUCUGAAGGUUUCUGAGUUCAGCAACGGCGGCCUCUGGGUCGAGACGGUGGGCGGCAAGGUCCCGUGCCCGCUUCCGCAUCAAGGCCAAAGGAUGGGUAAAAUUGUCGAGUUUGCCAAUGGUGCAUUGAGCUUCGAUGCCCAGCAGCCGCACUGCGUUAUGCCGUGGUCUCGAGGACCCCGCGUGGUUCUUGUGGCAUUUAGUGUACGGAACUGGGCAAACUUGCGUCGUGCAGACUUGACUGAGUUGUCAAACCUGGGGUUUAGGUUGCCAACCUUGGGCCCUGACUCAACGGCCGGUCCCGAGUCUGCCUCUUCGGUUCUCCCUAGCCCUGGGGUUUUCCCUUUUCCGCCACCGGCGCCAACCCCGGCGCUUGCAGCUUCACCUGUCAUCCUGUCUCCUCAGGCGAGCGUCCCAGGGACUGCGCCUGCCGCAGCGGAUCAUCCUGACCUCAGUGGGUCAACCGUGGCUCGUGAUGUGACGGCCACUGCGCAACCUUCCUUCAUCGAGUUGUUCUGUGGCUCUGCUGGCCUUUCGGCCGAGGUGCGCAAGCUGGGGUUCCGCGUGUUGGGAGUUGAUCACAAACCCACCGCUAAGCAUGCCAAUGCACCUUUCGUCAGCUUGGACUUGCGCGACCCAGAGCAGCAGGACCGCAUUUGGGUCGAGUUGCGCCGUGCUCAGGCCGUGUGGAUUGCUCCCCCGUGUGGGACUGCUUCGAUUGCGCGGCAAAUCCCUCUUGGACGGUCGGCUAAGGGACCUGCACCCUUGCGGAGCCCGGCUUUUCCAGACGGGUUGGCAUCCUUGCGUCCCGAGGAUCAUGCUCGAGUACAAAGUGCAAAUCUUUUGUAUGCCUUUGCCGCCAAAGUUUGGGCGUUCUGUCUUGAACACGAUAUCCUUUGCAUUGUGGAGAACCCGGCAUCAAGCCUCAUGUGGCAAACGUCGUGGUUUAGGACACUUGUCCCGCGUGGCGUGUGGCACGAGCUGCAUUCUUGCAUGUAUGGAUCUGCUCGAAAGAAGCGCACUGCCUUGCUGGCUACAUGCCGCCUUCCAGGUCUCAUGUUGCAGUGUGACAAAUCACACGAACACAAGAAAUGGGGUCGUGUGCGCGAUCCGGACGGGCGUGGUGUGCACUAUGCCACUGCCGAGGAAACCGCUUACCCAGCCGGCCUGUGUACGGCCGCCGCCCGUGAGAUCUGCUUGGCAUUGCAAAAUAAAGGGAUUAUGCUUGAUGUGCGCGCAUCUUCGGACACAGCCCUGGCAUCUUCCUUUGCACAGCGGCAGCCUCGCCGCGGCCGCGGCAUUGUGGGUCCGCCUGAGUACAAACGGACUGUCCUUGUCCGGCUCCCUCGUGACUUUCAGCCCCCGGACCAUGUGCCAGAUGAGCCACUUGCAGUGCUUCGUGACGUGCCUGCGGGCUCCAAGCUUCUGUGGACUCGCGUCUUUGUUGAUGGGGGUUUUGAGGUUCGCGAGGCCCAAUUUGGGGUAUACCAUACACCGGAUGAGUUUCUGCAUGCUGCCUUGAAAGUGACCCAUCCCUUCGACAGUGCAGUGUCUAUUGACGGCCCGAACCUGCGGGCAAUUGCAUUCACUCUUGAGCAUGGUGUUAAAGCUGUGCAGCAAAGACGUAUGGAGGUCCUUGAGCACUAUCGUGCACUGGAGCACUCUCUGAGGUCUGAUGAGGAGGCUCUUAAGCAGGCAAUGGACCCUACGGUACGGGAGAUCAUGGGCAACAAGAAGUUGCUCUUGUUCAAACAGAUGCUGAAGGAUGCAGGUGUUCCUGAUGAGCGCCUCUUCGAGGAUAUGGUUCAGGGAUUUCGGUUGACUGGUCCCCUUGAGCCUUCGGGUUUGUUUCCACCUAAGUAUAAGCCUGCCGUCAUCUCGGUGGAUGAAUUGCGGCGCACUUCGCAGUGGUCCAAACACCUUGUCGAGGCUGCGUGUCGGAAGGCUUCACAGGAUCCUGAGAUUGCGAGGGCUGUUUGGGACGAAUCGUUGGGGCAAGUCGAGAAGGGAUGGUUGUCGGGACCCUUCACAUGGGAUCAAAUGGAUCAAAAGUAUGGGGGCACUUGGGUGGCGUCCAAGCGCUUCGGGGUGUCCCAGGGCGACAAGGUGCGUGCUGUCGAUGAUCUCUCGCAGUUUCAGGUGAAUGCUUCGGUUACUGAGACCGAGAAGAUUCAACUUGAAGGCCUUGAUGACAUUGUUGCCCUUGCGAGAUUCCACUUGGGUGCCACUGUGUCGGGCACCAAGGUUUUCAGGCUCCCCUUGUCAGGCGGCGGCGUCUACCAGGGCCGAUUGCAUCCUGACUUCAGGGAAGGUCGGGCACGGCGCUUGAAAGGCAGGGCUCUUGACUUGCGGAGUGCAUACAAACAGCUAGCUCGGCACCCCGCCGACGAUUGGGCUUCGGUGCUAGGAGUCUUAGAUCCAGACACCAACACUGUGACCUAUUUUGAGAGCCACGCUCUCCCGUUCGGCGCAUCGAGCGCGGUGACAGGCUUCAACCGGGCUGCGCGUGCAUUGCGCAUUAUCAUGUCCAGACUUUUGUUCCUUGUGAAUACGUCAUUCUUUGACGAUUUCUGCCAACUUGAGAUUGAUGAUCUGACUGACUCUGCGGAUCAGGCGGCGCUUGCACUGCUUGAUCUCCUUGGCUGGGAGGUGUCCGAUGGCGAGAAGUUGAAACCUUUCGCUUCAGAGUUCACCAUGCUUGGUGCAGUGCUAUCCUUCAAAGAUGCGGGUAGGGGUCUGAUUAGGGUUAGGAAUAAGGCCGGUCGCUUGGAGGAAAUUUCUUCCAUGGUAGAUCGCUUUGCUGCUGACCCCGCAUGUGGGGCGCGAUCCCUCCCGUCGUUGAAGGGCAAGCUCUUGUUUGCAUCUUCGCAUGUGUUCGGUCGCUGUGCUCAGGUUGCGACUCAGCUGAUUCACCAUGCCGAGCGUCAACCUGGUCCUGACGUGCAUGGUUUCGUCUUGAAAUCCCUCAGGAGGGCGCUUGAAACACUUAGGGCAGCUGGGGAUCGUCAGGUGAACCUGUGGUCUGAGCAGCCGCCAGUUAUCAUCUUUACGGAUGGUGCAUGUGAGGAGAAGGGCAAUCAGGUGACACAUGGGGCGGUCAUCGUUGACCCGGCUUCGCAGACUCGCGAGGUGUUUGGUGGCCACAUCCCCGAGGAUCUUGUGACAAAGUGGCGGAGCUCAGGCCGGACUCAGCUCAUCUUCUUUGCAGAGCUUUAUCCUGUCUUGAUUGCGAGACGGACCUGGGCUAAAGUGCUGCGUAACAGAAGGGUACUGAUCUUCGUGGACAACGAGGCAGCGAAGGCGGCCUUGAUCAGAAAUUAUUCUCCUUUGUUGGAUGCCGCUCAUAUGCUUUCUGACAUUGCCGAGCUUGAUGUCGAGCUCAGUUGUUUUCCAUGGUAUUGCAGGGUGCCGUCCAAGAGCAAUUUUUCCGACGCUGCUUCCAGACUGAGCUUUGGGGAGUAUGAGGAAUGCUUCCGAAGGAUUCAGCCCACUCUGGAAGCCUGUUGA